GUAAGUGGACAUAUAUAUAGAUGUGGGCGAAAUGUCAGGAACGAAUGCUUCUGGAACAUGGCCAUACAUCCUGGAAAACUCACAGUGAUCCAGUGAUUCUGUCCAUGAAAGUGUUUGACAAUAAAUUAAACAACAAUUUAAAACACAUGUAAACAUUAGGCGACGAUUGUGCAUAGAUCUGAAGCCAGAUAACCAGCAAGUCAAGAAGUGACGUGGAACAGGUCCAGGCACGACGAGUUAAACAACGAACCCUGACCGGCGUGAAAAGACAUUUCGGGUCGUCCCCGUUUUGCAAAAAGGACGUGGGCACUAAGCUGAACAGAGGUGAAGUUGGGCAAUUUUCGGCGCCUGGAGCGAGACGUCAAACUGGUGUGUGAUCUGCAUUCCUGCGAGAGCUGUAUCAACAGGAAAUCUGCGAAUUCCUCCGGCAGAGACGAGAAAAGGGAUGAAGAAAGCGAGGGGGCCGCGUGGAGGACCAACUCACCUAGGAUGUUCUACACCUUGGGUCUUCCAGGGUUUGGACUACAAUUCCCAGAACUCCUGACCAUUGGAUAAAGUGGAAGUUGGACACCGCUCUCCUUUAAAAGCCAGGCAUGGGCCAACUUUGGCCCUCCCUCCAGGUGUUUUGGACUUCAACUCCCAUAAUCCCUAACAGUGGCUAAGAGUGGUCAAUGUGUUCUACCACUGUAGUGAAUUUCACACCAAUGGCUGUCAAAACGAGGGAGAUAGGAGCCCGUGAAGUCUCCCUACUUGUGCAAUUACGGGAACUAAAAAGUCAUGAAAUUUCGUUACUCUCGUUACGGUAAUGAAAUGUUCACAAAAUACACUUUAGAAACAAUUUAGAAUUUAGUAAUGAGUUUAGAAAUAUUUUUCCAUCGAUCACAAAGCCCUAUAUAUGUGUGUGUGAAACUUGCGCAAUUAAGAGAGCGAAAAAGUCACCAAUUUUCAUUACUCUCGUUACGGUAAUGUAAUUUUCGCGAACGACACUGUAGAAACACUUUAGAAUUUAAUAAUGAGUUUAGAAAUAUUUUUCCAUCAAUCACAAAGCCAUAUAUAUGUGUGUGUAUGUGUAAACAUGCACAAUUACUAGAGCGAAAAAGUCACCAAAUUUCGUUACUCUUGUUACGGUAACAUAAUUUUCGCGAACGACACUGUAGAAACAAUUUAGAAUUUAGUCAUGAGUUUAGAAAUAUUUUUCCAUCGAUCACAAAGCCCUAUAUAUAUGUGUGUAUGUAAACUCGCUCAAUUACGAGAGCGAACAAGUCACCAAAUUUUGUUACUCUCGUUACGGUAACGUAAUUUUCGCGAACGACACUGUAGAAACACUUUAGAAUUUAGUAAUAAGUUUUGAAAUAUUUUUCCAUUGAUCACAAAGCCCUAUAUAUAUGUGUGUAUGUAAACUUGCGCAAUUACGAGAGCGAACAAGUCACCAAAUUUUGUUACUCUCGUUACGGUAACGUAAUUUUCGCAACCGACACUAUAGAAACACUUUAGAAUUUAGUAAUGAGUUUAGAAAUAUUUUUCCAUCGAUCACACAGCCAUAUAUAUGUGUAUGUGUAAAUGACACUACCUGGAAUUAAAAAUAUUAAUCCGGAAAGAUGAUGCCACACCCAUGACCUCCCAUUGCGCUCUUCGGAUUACCAUCAACCUACUGUUUAAUUUAUUGACAAAUUCAUUAAGCUGAUUAAUUGUUGAGGACAUUCGUUGUCAUCUCUUGACAUAUUCCAUCAUCAUACUUGCUAAUCUACCGGCUUUAUCUCCUACGGUAAUUGUGCCUCGCGUGGGGAAAUGUGCAAAAUCCUUUCAGAGUUGCGAUACAACAUUUUUGCAGAUGUUGAGCGCAAGGAAACAGCAUCAAGAUGAGCGUUGUUACAACGUGAUCCAUCUUCUCUAGGGUUCGCGUUAAGUGGAUCGCAAAGCCUUUCGUUGGAAAAUAUAUAGAUGAUUGGCUAGUUGCGGUGGAUGCGGCGCAAGGAGGCGACUGAUAACUCCUUGCGCAACAUCCGAAGCAAUCGCAUUGUGUGUUUCUCAGCCUGAUUUCUACGAUUUCGACAACUCACCCUGGCGAUAGACGCAAUAUAUGUCAAAGUAGAUAUGUCUGCACCACAAAAGGAUGUUGCCUGGUGGAAUCCCUUCCCACAGAAACGAGCUCGCCCGCCGAGUCAUUGUCGAGCACCUUGCAGGGUUGUGCAACUGUAAGACAAGAGUGAGACGUGACUUUUCUAUUGCAGUCAGAAACGAGCAGCGAGCGCUCAAUCAUCCAGGAUGGACAGUAGGGAGGGACGGGAACGGCGGCACAACGAGCUGCCAAGUACUGACACUCUGAGCAAACCGUCCGAGGCUGAAAAAUGCAAGGAGAGCCGUUCAGCUCCUAAAGCAACCGGUUUCUUUCCCAACGGGAUAAUUACGUGGGAGGAGGAUGAAGUUUGACUAUAACUUGGGAGACUCGGGGAGACGUCUCGCUCAGAAGAGAGGCUCCCGGGAUGAGAGGCGGUCCUCCUUCCGCCCGACGUCGGCAUGGAGCUCGGCUCAGCGCUCUGGGGUCUCGUCUCCUACCUCAGCCUUUCCGCCCUGUUCUUGCUUCUGGCCUGGGGGAUAUAUUACGACAUCACCAGGACACACGUCCCCACGGGGAUCCAGGAAUACACCAAACUGCGCUUCUACAAUUUCCUUUCGAAUUAUGCGCUCAGGCUGGGAAUCUUGUAUGAGAAACUCGGUAUUUGCCGAAGGUAUACAGCCUGGAGGACUAUGUGUAAUGGGAUACCGCCAUUAAGGAAGAACUCGGCAUUGAUCAUCAAGGAUCUGCUUUUCGACGGCGUUCCUGUGCGAGUGUAUUGGCCUAAAACAGAGUCUUCCGGGAACAGAAGAGGAAUGGUCUAUCUCCAUGGAGGCGUUGGGUUGUUUGGAAGCAUCAAAGCUUACGAAAGGGUGAAUCGCUACAUUUCCCGGAGAAGUGAUUCCGUGGUUGUAUGUGUUGGGUUUCGCCUCGCUCCAGAGCAUCCUUUCCCGGUCCCGGUUCUGGACUGCUGCACGGCGACCAUACACUUCUUGAGAAACGCAACAAAAUACGGAGUGGACCCGAAUCGCAUUGCCGUUUGCGGAGACAGCAGCGGAGGCACAUUUGCUGCCGCCGUUUGUCAACAUCUGGCGACAAAGAAGGACCUCCCGAAGCUCCGCGCCCAGAUCCUCAUCUACCCGUUCCUCCAGGCCGUGGACUUCAACCUGCCUUCUUAUCAACAAAACCACUCGAUCCCCGUUUUGUUUAAGAAGCGGGCCAUCCAAUUGGGAGUGACGUACCUGACGGGAAGGCUAGCCAAAGUGGAUGGCCUGAUGAAGAACGCCCACGUGCCCCAGGACUUGUUGGCGAAAUACAAGAAGUGGGUGAGCGCCGACCACAUCCCAGAUGAAUUCAAGGCCAGGGGCUACGUCCCGUUGGAGCCCGUCCCAUUUUGUGAGGAACUUUACGAGUUGUACAAAGAAGGCUUCCAGCCAAUGUUUUCUCCACUUUUGGCAGAGGACGACGUGGUCCGCCGGCUCCCCGAGACUUUCUUACUAACCUGCGAAUACGACGUCGUCCGAGACGACGGGCUCUUGUACAAGAAACGUCUCGAGGACAACGGCGUCCCCGUGACGUGGCAUCACGUCAAGGACGGCUUUCACGGGAUGAUGUUUCUCAUUGACUUUGGGCCAUUUGAAUUCAAGUGCACCCGCCCGAAUUUCCGUUAUUUAAUAAAUUUUAUAAAAUGCCUAUAAGAACGGGUCAGUGCAGAAAGAAGUGGGUUGUUCUACUCUGGAAAUCUUGUUUUUUUGUGUCUGCUGCAAACUACUGUGUAUACUCGAGUAUAAGCCAACCCGAAUAUAAGCCGAGGAAACUAAUUUUACCACAAAAAAACGGGAAAACGUGUUGACUCGAGUAUAAGAUGAGGGUGGGAAAUGUAGCAGUUACCAGUAAAUUUCAAAAAUAAAAAUAGAUACCGAUAAAAUUACAUUAAUUAAGACAUCGGUAGGUUAAACAUUUUUGUAUAUUUACAUAAAACUGUAAUUUAAGAUACAGUAGAGUCUCACUUAUCCAACACUCGCUUAUCCAAUGUUCUGGAUUAUCCAACGCAUUUUUGUAGUUAAUGUUUUCAAUAUAUCGUGAUAUUUUGGUGCUAAAUUAGUAAAUACAGUAAUUACUACAUAGCAUUACUACUUUACUAUUGAACUACUCUUUCUGCCAAAUUUGUUGUCUAACAUGAUGUUUUGGUGUUUCAUUUGUAAAAUCAUAACCUAAUUUGAUGUUUAAUAGGCUUUUCCUUAAUGCCUCCUUAUUAUCCAACAUAUUCGCUUAUCCAACAUUCUGCCGGCCCGUUUAUGUUGGAUAAGUGAGACUCUACUGUAUAGCAGUUACCAGUAAAUUUCAAAGAUAAAAAUAGAUACCGAUAAAAUUACAUUAAUUAAGGCAUUGGUAGGUUAAAUGUUUUUGAAUAUUUACAUAAAACUGUAAUAAUAAGACUUUAAUAAGACUGUCCAACUCUAAUUACCUGUAUACUCAAGUAUAAGCCGACCUGGACCUUCACUCGAGUAUAAGCCGAGGGCGGCUUUUCGUUCAUAAAAAAACGCUGAAAAACUUGGCUUAUACCCGAGUAUAUACGGUAUGUGGAAAUGGUUGAGAAUCAAUGGUGAGAUAUUCCUUCAAAAUGUGCUAUUGCAGGAUCUCCCAGUUUUUUAAAAAGUUUAAUCAACAUUUUCCAUGUUUUUUAUGGUAGAACCAACGACUAAAUGACAUUUAUAACCCAGGAACAUAGUGUUAUUUUCCGGCAGAGGAAGAGAAAGUGCUCGAUGACUUUCAAUGGGGGCUGAACGAUCCGUUUCCCUCCGCGCUGCGAGUUCUCGACAGAGCCGUAUCUUUCUGAUACCAUCAACCUGUCGCGCAAUUUGGAAAGAAGCGCCUUGUCGCUUCCAAUCUGUCUCAAUUACAUGCAUGUAAAUUUAAUCAUGAGCAUAUUUAUGCUGAGUUUGUCGCAGCCAGGCUGACAGCUAACCACAUAAUGCAGGAUGACUAUUCAUAACAUCACUAUCACCUGUUUAUAUAGACUUUCAACUCGAGUUCUCAACCGGUUCGUUAUUACACUACGCUCAGGUCAUCCGAGUUCCUAUAUAAUUGCAGCUGAUUUUUCCCAACGUCUGCUCUCCCAGAAAUGCAACGCUGGCGAGUUUUAACGCUAUUAAGGAAUUAUGCGUUCCUUCCCAACCACACCUUGGUCCCUCCCUUUUCACCCUAAGAGCACUAGCUAGUAAAUACUGCUGAUUUAGGUACUCUAAACUGGCACAUUUUCAUAAAAUUCUCUUCAUUUUCAGCAAUUUUAGCUUAAACUCACUGUGCCUGGCCACGUGUUGCUGUGGCGUAUGGGAAUCCUUUGUUGGUCAAGUGGAAUAGCCUCGCAGCCUCAAAGCCUGGCCAUUUUCUUCUUGUACAUGUGCAUAGUGUUUUUAAUUUUAUUUUGAGGGAUUUUUCUAGCCUUGUCUCUGUUUUCUUUCUUUUUUUUUUGAUGGCCACUCCUUGGAAAGUGAUUAGUUUUGUGGCCAAAUUUGGUGCAAUUUGGUCCAGUGGUUUUGUUGUUGACUCAGUCCUAAUUAUGCACAUUACUCUCUCUCUCUCUCUCUCUCUCUCUAUAUAUAUAUAUAUAUAUAUAUAUAUAUAUAUAUAUAUAUAUGUGUGUGUGUGUGUGUGUGUGUGUGUGUCUGGGGAGUAUCCAGACUCAAGUGUGUGUUUGUACAUUGCUGAUUGCGUUCAGUUGAGAUCUUGCUCUGUUCUGAGUUUGUGUCUGCCUAGAGUGAAAGCCAAGCCUGUGUUCGUCUGCAAUUCUGUUUUGUCUUGUACAUUAAAGCUUUGCAUAUAUUUUUAACAUCAUUUCUGACGUCUCUUCGUUCUGUGCUCCAAUUGACAACAUACAACUGCUGCUACGCUGCGAAUUACUCUGAUAUAUAUAUAUAUAUAUAUAUAUAUAUAUUAGCUGUGCCCGGCCACGCAUUGCUUUGGCAUAGUCUGGUGGUAUGGCAAAUAAAGUAUUGAGAAGCAGCCAGGCUUUGAAGCUGCAAGGCUAUCCAUUCCUGUUUAUUUGUUUAGGUCUUUUUGAGUGGAGGUCAUACCUUGGAUGUGUUGGUGUAUUGUGGCCAAAUCUGGUGGCAUUUGCUCCAGUGGGUUUUUUUUUGUUUUGUUAACUCAGUCCUACAAACUGACAAUACAUUUUCAUAUAGAUAGAUUAGCAGGUGUCUUUCCAUUUGUAAUCAAACUGGGUCUGGGAAGGAAAAUAUUACAUUGCUCCAUCGAGAAUCCCAUAAACCCUGUUGUUGACAUCUACUUUAAGUACUUCCUUGCACAAUGCUGCUCUCCAAGUAAGACGGCUUUUGAGUGCUGGAACUCCCAUAACCACAUAGGUAGAUACUCUGCUUAUUGAUUACUUCUAUUAACAAGGAGAUCGCUCCUGUAGUUUUCUUUUAAAAAAUGUUGUUUAUAAAAAAAAUAAAAAUUCAUCAAAAAUUCAUGGAUAAGCAAAAUGUUCUGAAAUUUGGUGGGCAAACAAUGGACAAUGUGUUCUACCACUGUAGCAAGUUUCACUCCAAUAGGUGUAAAAACGAGGGAGAAAGCACCCCAAAUUUCCCCACAUGCGCAAUUGCGAUAACGGAAAAAUAACGA